AUGUUUUCAUCAAAGAAUUGCGUCCUGCUCGCCUUAACACUCGUGUCGAGCCAAGCAGAUGCAAUUUGUACCAAUUUUACAGACACGACUUUUUCUGCUGAUACUGGCGGCUCGUACCAGACAGGAAACGGAGUCUAUGUUAAUUCGCUAGCAUGUCCAAGCAGCGAGAAGCAGUCCUGCAGUAUGGCAAAUGUCACAUCCUACGACAUUACAGUGCCGAGAAAGCUCCUCCACUCGGGAGAUCCCCUGGGACUAUCCGAAGAAGAGUCGGACGCCAUUUUCGAAAUGGCCAAGGACGCCUACAAUGACGCAUACUACAGUAACUCCUCGAAUAAUCACUUCAAAAAUGCCUCUUUUGAGACCAUACAGACUAGGGUUGAUUUCGAUGGCCAGGAUCCCGCCAAUUCCAUCUUCAGCACAGUUGAGCCGGGCACCAACAAGACCCUAAUUUGGGGUGGGUUGUAUCAAUACGCGGCUGGCACAUUGGGUGGAUGCACCAAUGACACGCUGAACAACAUGAGGGUCGUAGCCCAGGGGCCAUAUUAUACCACGGACAAGAAUAAUCGCACAGUCGUUGCGGGAUCAUGGCAAGCAAGUUGGCAUAACAUCACGGAAAGUAUGGCUGCGUCCACAUUCAGGGCAUCUUCCAUCAGUACAUAUUCUACGGCGACAUUGGCGCUCAUGGUCGGAAUGACAUUGGUGUUGUAG